ACUGCGAAGUAUUAAAUCUAUUUACACAAUCAAAAUGGAGAUUAUAAUUGUGUUGUUACAAAUAUCAUUGAUUUCAUGUAGUUUUUCAAACGAAAUGAACAAAAUCAAGUUAAUUUUAAACAAUUAUAAGGAAUCUAUGCAAUGCAACAGAUAUAAAAGGUGCUUAGUGCAAAAUAAAAAAGUUGACGCGUUUGCGCACAGAGCUGUUAAUUUUUUAGACAAAACACAAAAAUUUAAGGAUGUCAUAGAAUCUAUGGAUGCGAGUGAGUGUAUAAAAAGUGAUAAUGUUAACUUAAAUUAUACCAAAAGACACAUUCUGGAUAGUCUUUUAUUGGAUACAAACGUUUCUAAUUCACAUUGGAAGGAAUAUAAGUCAGUAUACAACAAAGAAUAUCGUUCCCCUCACCACGAGAUGUCAGCACUAUCAAAAUGGCGGGAAAAUUUGCGGCGCGUGGUCGAACACAACAGGAAAUAUUUGACAGGAGAAAUAAGUUAUUCACUGCAUUUAAAUUAUUUUGGCGAUUUGGGCGUAGCAGAUUAUUUCAAGAAAAUACUGAAACUCUUCGACACCGUUCCUCUGUUCGACCCCGCUGAAGACCACCACAAAACUGCUUACAGGAACGUGGCUCAUAGGAAAACACCGAAAAAGGUAGACUGGCGAAGUAAAGGCUUCAAACCACGUCUAGAAGAGCAGUUUAAAUGCGGAGCGUGCUACGCUUUCGCUGUGGCACAUGCUUUACAAGCUCAGCUGUAUAAGAGACAUGGUAAUUGGAGUGAACUUAGUCCCCAGCAAAUAGUGGACUGCAGCCUCAUAGAUGGCAACAUGGGCUGCGACGGCGGCUCCCUCCGAGCGGCAUUCCGCUACGCCGCCAGAAAAGGACUGCUCAUGGAAAACUAUUAUCCUUAUACUGGAAAGAAAGGUCAAUGCCGCAUCCCUAGUCAUAUAAGGCGGGUGCGCCCGCGCCGAUGGGCGAUGAUCCCCGCUGGAGACGAGGAGGGCAUGGAGCGAGCGCUAGCUACUAUUGGUCCUUUGGCCGUGGGGAUAAACGCCUCACCUUUCACAUUUCAGCUGUAUAGAAGCGGCAUUUACGACGACCCCUUCUGCUUUCCGUGGAGACUGAACCACGCCAUGUUGCUGGUGGGCUACACAGAAGACUACUGGAUUCUGCUGAACUGGUGGGGGAAGAAUUGGGGGGAGGAUGGGUACAUGAGAAUAAGACGCGGUUAUAACAGAUGUGGCGUGUCAAACAUGGCGGCUUAUGUUGAAUUAUAA